GCCGAGUGACAGUCAGCAUAUUCACAAUGAAGCCGAGACAAUCUGCUAUCAAGUUACAGUAGUGACAUUUUCCCUGCUGAAGAUCCCAGGGCUGGUUGGAAGGAAGCAGCUCCGCCGAACGCGGCGUGCGGAGCGGCUCGGCCGUGGAUGGCUCCGUGUGGAAUGCCAUGUUUUAUCCGUGCCGGUGGCUCGGCGGGCAGAGCCUUUGUGAUCUGAUGAUGGCUCUCGUUAUGGAACCUAUUAGCAAGUGGACGCCCAAGCAAGUAGUGGAUUGGAUGAAAGGCCUCGAUGAUUGCCUCCAACAAUACAUCAAAAACUUUGAGAGAGAGAAGAUCAACGGGGAGCAGCUGCUGCACAUCACUCACCAGGAGCUGGAGGAGCUGGGAGUGACUCGCAUUGGCCACCAGGAGCUGAUCCUGGAAGCAGUUGAUCUGCUCUGUGCAUUGAAUUACGGUUUGGAGACUGAAAACCUGAGAACUCUGUCUCACAAGCUGAAUGCCUCAGCCAAAAACCUUCAGAACUUUAUAACGGGUAGGAGGAGGAGCGGCCAUUACGAUGGCAGGGCCUCCAGACGACUGCCAAAUGAUUUUCUUACCUCUGUAGUUGACCUGAUUGGUGCUGCCAAGAACUUACUCGCCUGGCUGGACAGGUCUCCGUUUGUCAGCGUGACAGAAUAUUCACUGCUGAAAAACAACAUUGUUCAACUGUGCCUGGAACUAACAACCAUUGUGCAACAGGAUUGUACGGUGUAUGAAACAGAAAAUAAAAUUCUUCAUGUGUGUAAAACCCUGUCUGGGAUUUGUGACCACAUCAUUUCUCUCUCAUCUGACUCUCUGGUGUCCCAGUCAGCACACCUCGAGGUCGUUCAUCUCACCAGCAUCAUGCCCAGUGAGGGGUUGGGAAUGUAUAUCAAAUCAACAUAUGAUGGACUACAUGUAAUCACAGGAACAACAGAAAAUUCUCCUGCUGACCAGUGUAAGAAAAUCCAUGCUGGUGAUGAGGUGAUCCAGGUCAACCACCAAACUGUGGUUGGCUGGCAGUUAAAGAACCUAGUAAAUGCACUGUGGGAAGACCCAAAUGGAGUGAUUUUAACCUUGAAAAAACGUCCUCAGAAUACCCUGGUUUCUGCUCCUGCCCUUCUGAAGAAUGUGAGGUGGAAGCCUCUGGCACUGCAGCCUGUGAUCCCAACCAGCCCCACAAGCAGCUCUACAACCCCAACGAGUACGAUGGGCAUGUCCUCAAAAAUGGACAACUCUGCACUCCAGGAUGUUUUCAUUCUCUCUCCUAUGUCAGGGCUUUAUGGACCCAGGGAUGAAAUUGGAAUAAUGUCUUGUGAUGACAUCAGCAAAUAUGGAAAGUCUGGGAUGAAAGGCUCUGAGUCUCCAAACUAUUUCCUGGAGCACGAGAGUGGGAAAUACUACACUCUGAUUGAAGGAGAAAGCCACCCUGGGAGCUCUGAGUACGAGAGGAGCAGAGCCACAGGCGUGAGGAGAAGGGAAAAAACCCCCACUCAUGGAGAUUUGAGGCCAGUUUCGAUGCCUACUGAGUACAGCUGGAUAGGGGAGUCCAAAGAACAGAACAUGUACAAGAGGGGAAGCAGAGACUCUGAGAAUUCGCUGCUGCGCUACCUGAGCGAUGACAAGAUCCUGGUGAUCCAGGAGGAGCCUCUGGCGCAGAAGGACAGCAAACGGGACACGGGCCGGAGGUCCAGGAAAAAGGGCAAAGCCCCAGGGAACCCCAGCUACCCCAUCAGCCCCUCGGUGCUGGCCUCCAGCAUCAGGCUGGAGCCAGGGCAGCAGGACGUGCUCAGCUUCUCCCUGGCAGAGAACAACACGGUUCCACUCUACCAUAGAGCAGGGGAUACAGUCAGUGGAGAUACUGAAAGAUAUGCAAGUUCUGCCAUUGACCAUCCAGGAAACACAUCCAUGAGGAAGUCAUUCCAUUACGCUUCCCUCAGGGUAAAAAGCAGAAAAUGGUCAAAAGGGAGUUCCCUCUCCAGCGUGAGCAGGAGACGCAUUUCCUGCAAGGACCUGGGCCACGGCGACUGCGAAGGCUGGCUCUGGAAGAAAAAGGAUGCCAAAGGUUAUUUCACCCAGAAAUGGAAAAAGUACUGGUUCAUCCUGAAGGAUUCCUCCUUGUACUGGUACACGAACCAGAACGAUGAAAAAGCAGAAGGAUUCAUUAGUUUACCCGAGUUCAGGAUAGACAGAGCAAUUGAAUGCAGACGAAAACACGCCUUCAAAGCAUGUCACCCCAAAAUAAAGAGCUUCUACUUCGCAACCGACUGCCUUGAAGAGAUGAACAGAUGGAUGAAUCGUUUGGGUCUCGCAGCAAUUGGUUACACACCUGAUGACAAGGAUAUUCACCCAGAUGAAGCAGAUUACUGGAGCGAAAGCGAUCAGGACGACAUCGACGGCUCCCUGACCCUGAAGCAGGAGGGCUCCUCCACGCUGUGUGACACCUACCACCGCACACCCUCAGUGAAUUCUUCAAGUCCAUUCCCUGAAGCCAAACAAGGUCGACACUUUUCCAGCGAAUCAACAUAUUCCCACUCUUCUGCCGAGGACUCCCGGCAGGAUGCAGCAGGCAGCACACACUCCUCGGGGUGCAGACCUCCCUACCGAGAACGGCGCUCCUGGCAGGACCUGAUAGAGACUCCCUUAACCAGUUCAGGGCUCCAUUUCCUCCAGACCGUCCCUCCAGAGGCGGAGUACGUGAGCGGCCGGCCCGGAAUGUCCCCGGACAAACGGAGACAAGCCACGCUGCCUGUCCAGAGGCGCCACAAUUUUGAGCAGGAUGGGCCUUUUCCUCUGGUGGAGUGUCCGAGGGGACACGGCUCCCACGGGCGGCCCCAGAAACAGCGCAGCCAAAGCCUUCCCCGGAACAGAGACGUCCGCGGGAAGGGACGCGUAAAGUCCAUCGAAGGGCCCGAUGACAGUCUGGAAGAGAAGGUUCCUAUUAGAAGGCACAAUAGUUUCUGUGCAGAAGAAAACAUAAAAGAAAUUGAAGAAAUUACAGAUGGUCUGCAAGAGCUCUACAGAACUCUGGAAGAAGCCAGUCUGUCAGCUUUUGGAGAGCAGCGUCCCUCCACCAAGCAGGAGUUCCGCAAGUCCUUCGUGAAGCGGUGUAACGACCCAGUGAUCAACGAAAAGCUGCACCACAUCCGAGUCCUCAAGAGCACUUUAAAAGCAAAAGAAGGGGACCUCACAGUUAUCAACAACCUUCUGGAUGAUCCCAACUUAACAUCCAAGAAGUUCAAAGAUUGGAAAUUAAAGAACUACGAGUUUUUCCUGGACAUUUGUGAGUACAGUGCUGCUGGGAAGUCUCAAAAUGGAGCCUCUGAACUGGCCAGCUCAGCCCCAAUGCUGACACACACACACUCCUUCAUCGAGACUCACGUGUGACAGGAGCCUCAGCCUGGGUCACUGCUGGGUGCCCUGACUGAUGCAGACAAACAAACACUGGUGAAUUUAUUGCUAAGGUACUCAGCAGUACUGUAAAUACUUGGGUAAGAGAAUAGUGCCACAGGAUGCCUACUACAUUGCAUGAUAAGACAAUAAUAUUCUUUAUGAAUUAUUUUGUUUGCUGUUAUCAACCAAUGUCCGUAUCAAGCUCUGCAUUAGAAAGAAGCGGUGCAGAAGUGUAACUGAAAAUAAAUACCGGUAUAUUUAAAGUACUGUACUAAAACUCAGCUUAUAGUAUGAGCUCCUACAAUCAUUUUAUAUAUUUAGAUAUAUAUAUAAAUACAUAUCUAUGUAUAUAAAAUGUAACAUGGUAGUUGACAUUUCCUUUUAAAAUGCCCUAAAGUUCACAUUUUCACACAUUUUUUUCUUGAGAAAAAAAUAUAAAAAUGAAGACAUGAAUACAUUGGCCACUCUUAGGCGUGAACAUUUAUUUUUGCAACAUUUCCAGGUAGUGACCAUCUUUGCAAAUAAAAGGACAGAGUUAUCAAAGUGUAAACUCAAUCCCUAUAGUGUGCCUUAAAAUGUACACUGUACAUCUGAGAAAUAGAUCCCAGUCUGGCCCUAUGGGCACUCUGUACAUGCCAUUUAAAUACUGUGUUUGUAACGUGCUGUGCCUGCCUUUAAACGAAGGAACACGAGCAAGCAGGUUUGGCACAGAGGUAAGAUACAAGUAGAACAAUAUUGGUUGUUCACUAAUGCUGCAAAUUAAACUGGUUUUAAUAGAAUUUGAUGUAUUUCAUGGUGAAAGAAAAACAAAACAUCUGCACUGAGUAAGGUACAUACUGCAGGUUUUCAUCGUUUCUUCACUGUGAAUUUAAGUGACACAUGACUGUGAGUCACAAAAUUCAAAAAAAGCAUGAGAAUGAAGCUUAAAAAACCUCCUGAGCUAAUCAAUUACAUUCUGUGAUAGACUGACAUCUAUAGCUGAGUUAAUUAUUCAAAAUUAUGUAAUGUCUGGCAAUAAUUUUUAACUGCUAGCAGUACAUUUGCAAGUGGGUGAAGUUAUUCAAAACAUCGUUCAAAAACCAAUCGGCAUUGAUUGGUUUGGGAAGACACACGAGUCACGCAGUGUAUUUCACUUCCUUGCCUGGGUGAGAACAGUUUGCAAGAAUCAGAUUUUGGGGAAAAUAUUUGUAUUCUUGAGGGGGGGAAAAGAUUGCUCUGAAUGCUACUGAACAUAGAUUUCAAAGCCAUUGCUAGUUUGCUUUGACUCUGCUUGCUAGAAUAGUUCUAAAAGGCAGAAUGAAGGGGAUGUGAAUACAGCUGAUGUCAUUUCACCAAAACAAAUUCACUGAUAAUUUUUUCACAAGAUAAACCUAAUUGUUGCUCAUCCAUCAAGGACUGUAAAAUUCAUGGAGUUCAAUAGAAUAGAGGAAAAAAUGUCAUUUCAGUGAGGUCCUAGUAUCUGGGAAGAGAUUUCAUUAUUCCCAAAGCCAGACCAGGCGAAGGUGUCCUGGGUGUUUAGUUCUGUCUCCACAGAGCAGCUGAGGGGGGCUGAACUUGGCUGGACAGGGAGGAAAAAUGUCAUGAGAAAGCUCCUGGGUUGAGACAAAGACAGGGAGAUCACCUGCUAAUGGUUAUUGUAGGCAAAACAAACCUGACAUGGGGAAAAUUCAUUUAUUAGCAAUUUAAAAUACAAUUGCAUAGUGAGAAACAAAGACAAAAUUAAAAACACCUUUCUCUUGCCUCCUCCCUUCUUUCCAGUCUUAAUUUCAUUCCUUCAUUUCCAGUGAGCAACAGCAUAAAUUACAGAAUCCAUUUAGAAAUUAAUUCAUAUUAUAAAUGCAAGCAGUAAUGGAUGGUCACAGAAAGAGUUACAUAGAUUGAAAUAUCUAAAUUCCUAAAGAAAUUUAAAUAUGCUUAUUGUUUCAAACCCAAAAAGUAGGUUUGUGCUUUUGUAAUGAAAAUAUUUAUAUUAUUUUCAAAUUGCUUUCCAAAAAGAUUUCAAAUGCCACUGCAUCAUCACUCAAGACAUAACUGACCAUAUUCACAAGUCACAAGUAAACAGAGAAUAUUACUUAUAGAUACAGCUGAAAAUGAGAAACAUAAUUGGGAAGAUAGAUUUCUCAGAAAUAACUCGAGUAGUAUGGAAAGCAGUUUAUCUCUGUUUUAAGUUUAAAUACCAUUUCUGUAUUAUGAAAGGAUGAGAUAAAUAGCAGAGAGUUCAUGCUUUCAUUCAGCUUAUCUUAAAAAAUCUUUCAGUGUCAUGAGAUCAUCAUUUCUAAAAUUCUUGGAAUUGUGAGUUUGCAUUCUGCUCUUGCAGAGCAGCACUCAGCAAAUGUAAUUUGCACUGAAUAGGCCAAAUAAAUUGUCCAGGAGAUUCAUGAGAUGAAAUGAGAUGAGAUACACUGGAGAAAUUCCCUCUAAUGGGUUUAAGAUUAACUGGGAGAAAAGUUUGAACCAUUUGUCUGGCAUUGCUUGUGCCUUAGAGCAAGCAAAAUCUAAUUGGUAAAUUAAGCAAUACAGAGACUUUAUUCUUUCACAAAUGUCAUCUGGCAUUUGGAAGCCAUUUCACAAGCACUUAUCCUCCUGGCACAUGUACUCAACCCCACCCUGUAGCCCUUUCCUCCCUGCCACCGGUUUCUUCCUUCUGGAUGUAGGUGCCAAUCUAAAUGGACUGCAGAGAGGAAUGUGCACAGUCACCACAGCACAAUUAUUUGGAUUUGCACCACCUUUGAACUCACUGGAAUGCAAAGUGCAAUACAGUUACUGUAUUGAAAAAUUCAUACACCAAAUCCUGCUUACGUAUUAAAAUAUGUCCAAUUCUGCUGGACCAACAGGUACUUAAACACACUGUACAAAGCAGCUGGAAUUGUUGUGGUUGUUUUGAUGCCAUAUUUUUAAAUAAGAAAAGAACAAGGCUUGGCUGUUGAGUUCAUCAAGGGAAAUAAACAGUACCUGUACAAUA